AUGCCGACUCCCCUCCUUGGCGGCUUGGGAGGAGGCAACAGCGGCGGUAGCGAUGGCGGCUCUUCCGACUCGGCCUCAGCUACGCGCAGUGCUUCCUCCUUCGACCCGUUUGGCGGUGCCUCGUCAGCAAGCGCAGCCGCCGCCUCUUCCUCGGCUGCCGCUUCUUCCUCAUCCGCUGCCGCCGCUGCCGCAUCCUCUUCCUCAGCAGCAGCCGCUUCAGCUUCUGCCUCGGCUUCCCGAGCUGAGGCCGCACAGUCCUCCUCCAUCGCUGCUGCUGCCGCUUCAUCAGCCGCUGCCUCCCUUUCCAGCGCCAAUGCUGCUGCUUCCGAAUCCGCCGCUGCUGCAGCCAGUGCUUCAGUCAGCCGUGCCUCGGCUUCCUCUGCCAUGCUCACCACUUCCUCCGGCCUCACCACCACCCUCACCGCCACCGUCGUUGCCACCCCCACAACAACAGCGUCCACCUCGUCAGCAUCUGCCGACAGACAGUCGAGCUCCGGAAGCGGCUCCGGCGGUGCUAGCAAGGGUCUCAUCAUCGGCGUGUCUGUCGCCGGAGGUGUUUUGGUCCUGGCCGCCUUCAUCUUCCUCUACUUCAAGUUUGGCACCCGCAGAUUCAGCAACUUUGAAGAUCAAGAUGCCGACAUCAAGUGGCCGGAACUCAAACACGAUCCCGAUUCCAAUGUCAUGCAGCCUCUCCCCGCGCGUCGCACAGGAGGUGCCGGUUUCGACAUGGGUGACGACUCGGACAACGAGGGGGGUGAACAAGAUGCACAUGCAGGUAUGGGCGAGAAGGGCAGGGACAGUUUCACCGCUUCCACUACGGCUCUAGCUGCAGCUCCACCUGCUGGAUACGCCGUCAACGAGUAUUCUUCCGGAAUGGAUCAUGGAUAUGCGGUCGAUCCAGCAGCUGCGUAUUAUCAGGACCAUCACAUGUACGGCGGCCAUCAGUACGGUAUGCAAACCUCUCCUGGUGCAAGCGCCGCUUACGCGGACAAUGGCUACGGUGUAGACCCAUAUGCGCAUGCUGGCAUGUCGCAUCCUCAACAGCAACAACAAUACCCACACGGUCACUACCAGUGA